UUAUCAAAGGAAAACGGUGCUAGCACGAACAUGGUUCGACGUGACAUAAUUGUUCACUACAUCCCCGUGGCGAUAGCCAUCUACGCCUGUAUCUCCUUGCCGGGUAGUGCCGCUUUUGUUGGAAUUUUAGGAAAAGCACAUGUUGAACUCUCGGGUURUCGACAAUUGCGAACUUUCUUCUGCCCGAGUGGAGGGCCCUCAUCCUCAUUGUCUUCGAGUCUGGGAAACAACCACGAAGCGAACUCUAUKGUGAACGAUGGAGGUAGCGGUCUCGAUCAYAGCCAGCACGUUAAGACAAAGAAUGAGAAGCAGCAACCGGUCACGAYUAUUUCGGAUCGAAGGAAUGCAUUAUUGCGCGUGGGGCGGAUARCACUCAUGACAACAGCAGCAUCCGCUGCCACGCCUUCCCCGGCCUUGGCCCUAAAGAAGAAAAACGAAGCCCUUUGUGGUACGGGAUUUUUCGAGCACAUUUACGAAUACAAAUGCACUGAAAUCGGUGACAUCCAAGAUGAGGGAACUUCGAAAGCAAUGAGCGAGGCCGAAACCGGCAUGACUAACAGCUUGAUGGGAAAACUUGGGUUCGACACGGUGGAAAUCAUUGACAAUUAUGACGAAAAUAAGGCCGACAAAAAGACAUCAGGGAAGGAUUCCAUGGCAAGACUGAGGGACGGCAACAGUAAUUGAAACCAAUGGCAAUAGUAAACCAACGCUUUAGGAGGGAUGAUGCAGAUAUAUCUUCCGCUCACCCUUGUAUGACCCAUCGUUAACGAUUGUCGUAAAAAUAUAUUGGUAUCCUACCCAUAUAGCAAGGUAAGUAGUGUAUGGAGCUUCACGUGUUGUUAUACUUUUCUUUGCAUGAAAAACAUGCUAAAAAUGGUUGGAAAAUUCAUCAUCCGAUUGAUCCAUUCUGUCAAUGAAUCAGCGACACUCAAAACUACUCUUGCGACUCUACAACAAAUCAAAUUACUUUCUACAA